AUGCUUCUCGAGCCCAUCGAUUCCGCCUUCUCUCCCGCCCGCUCCGUCUUCAAGCGCUGCAAGCAUUGCGAAACCUCUUCCCCCGCCUGCCCCGCCUGUCCAGAUGGAUCAGUGUGUAUCAACGGGCUCGCAGGAUCCGGACUCGGGGGCACCAAUACCGGCGCCAUUGCCGGUGGUGUGAUCGGUGGUGUGGCUGCCAUCGCCCUGGUUGUAUUUUUGGUCUGGUGGUUCGUGAUCCGAAAGAAGCGCCAGGAGCGUCAAGAGGCGGAAAAGGACAGUCCCUUCUCGGUCGCUCGCAGUGAACGCCAGUCCAUCGCCUCGACAGUCCUGACUCGUGCCUCCAACGUCAUCCAAAUCGCCUACAUUCCUGGUGUCACCAACCGCUCACCGCCGGAGACCCCAGCCUCUCUCGUGCCCCCGGUACCCCCGCUGCCUGGUGCGACACCCGAUCAACAUUUCUUCAUGCCGGGUGACCUACGUGACUCGUCAUGGACGACUACGACCGGCCACCAGAGCAUCUCACCCACUUUGCGCAGCAGUGUGGCUACCACUAUCUAUCGCAAUGACGCUAUCGUGAGCGCCGCUCCUGCACAGCAGAUCCAGCGGUCUCGUGCAGCCGUUGUCAGCAUUCACAACGGAGGAGCCGCGCAAAAUGCCCCUGGAGAUGACUCCCCUGUCGCUGUUACAGUCACACGUGCGGAUGCACCUGCCGUUCCAGCCAUCACCCCGGCACAACUUGCACGAGCGGAGGCUAUCAAGGGAAACAGUUCGUGUGUGGCUCGCAGUGUUACGGCCAAGCCAGUAAUGGUCCGCGGUCCUUCGCUGAAGAAGAAACAAACAAACGACGCACCCGUUCUCGACCGGCUCGAGAAUAGUUCGGAGCACAGCCAAAGCAACAAUGCAAGCCAGGCAGUAUCUGACACCAACGGCAACCAAUUCAACCACAACGUCUCGACAUUCGACGGAUCCUCAUCGGACGAAGAUGACACAUACCCCUCACCCACAGCCGACCUUGACACCGGUUCGUCGCAUCGUCAGAGUGACAUACGUCGAGCUUCUGGCUUAAGUGACGGACGCAACUCCACCCGGACGCCACCCACUCGGGUGGAGAGUCCAUUUUCGGACGCGAACGAAGUGAAAUAA